AUGCAAAGGGGGUUGCUUGGUAUCUUAGUAUACAUUGUAAACUACAUACAAACUGAAAAGGACAUAAAUUAAUUUACAGAGCGAUUGCAACUGAGUUACCUGGAAUUGGAAGGGGCUUUCUUGGUUUCAGAAAUAGUUCGUAAACUAAACAUAGAAAUUCAAUUGGAUUUGUAUGCACAAACCCAGAAAUUGGUAGAUCAAAUAACUAUGCAUAGUAUAAUUGUGAUUGUUGUCAUAUUCUUAUUUGUGAUGUUCACGUCUUUAAUCAUUAGAAAAAGAUUACUUUAUAGGUAAUUCAUAAUGCAAAGGAUUCUCUAUCUAGUGCCAUUGUAGAUUCUGCUAUUUGAUGAUGGUUUUGAAAGAAAUGCUAAAACUAUAAUUCUAAGAGAAACCUUUUGA